AUGAAAGAUAUUUUAUCUAUUCUUUUGCCUCGUUUUAUAAGAGAAAAGUUAUAUAUUAGUGGAGAAAACUAUGAUAAUAUAAGUAAAGAUUAAGGAAAACUAGCUGUUUUAUUUUGUGAUAUAACCAAUUUUGAUGACAUAAUGCUAAAAGAAGAAGAAAAUGUGAUAAAAAUACUUGACAUUUUAUAUAGGUAAUUUGACAAAUCUUGCAUUUCUAAUUAAGUAUUGAAGAUUGAAACUGUCGGUAAAACUUAUAUGGCGGCAGCAGGCUUAAAAGACGUAGACGAAUAUUAAUAAGAUUUAAAAUCUCUACUUGAUCCAGUAAAAAGAUGCAUUUAGCUAGCUUUAGAAAUGUAAGAAAUCGUCAAAAGCACAAUAAAUGAUGUUAAAAUAGAAAUUAAAAUCGGAAUAAAUUAUGGAACUGCAAUUGCAGGUGUUAUAGGAUUCCACAAACCUUAAUUUUCAUUAAUUGGAGAUACGAUUAACACUGCAAGUAGGAUGUGCUCGACAGCAGAAAAAGGGAAAAUCGUUCUUUCAGAAUAAGCUUAUAUGAGAAGGUAAAAGGAAAAGGCAUAAUAAUAAUUCAAAGAGGAAAAAGAUGACCUCAACAACCAUAAUGUGAAAAAAAUUAACCUUAAUCUUUGGAACGGAAAAAUGAAAAAUGAAUUUGAAAAAAGCGUUCUUAUGGAUGAGCUUGUAUUUGAAUAUUGGAGUACUUAAAUUGAUGAAAGAGAUUGUUAUGUUAUUAUAGGAAAUACAGAUCAUUAAUAAAGAGAACCUAUUUAGGAAGCUAUAAAUGUGCUUAAAAUGGCUUUUUCUAUGAUUGAUAUUUUAAGUAAAAAUAUAGUUCUUAUUUAAAAUUAAAUUAAUAUAAGAAUUGGAAUUCAUACAGGAAAAAUCGUUGGAGGAUUAGUUGGAACGUAAAUUAUUAGAUAUGAUAUUUAUGGAUAAGAUGUUCUUAUUGCAAACAAAAUGGAAAGCAAUGGAGUUAAAGGAGGAGUUACAGUAAGUGAAAGUACUAAAAAUUUAAUUGAAGAAUCAAUGGAAAGCUGUGAUUUUGAAUUUAUUGAUAAAGGAGAAGUUUAUAUUAAAUCAAUAAAUAAAACUGUUAAUACAUAUUUAGUGGAUAGAGUUUGA